AUGACCACACUUGACAGCCCUGCAUGCACCGCAUGCGCAAAGACCGCCGAUCAGCUCCCGACAUCGCGCAAGAUGCUCGUCUGUGCCAAGUGUCAGAAGGACGCCGGCCGCCAGGUCCACUACUGCUCCCGUGACUGCCAGUUGAACGACUACAGGGCCCACAAGUCGACGUGCGGCCUGCGCCUGCGCACCCUCGCCGAGGCCAUCCCGCCCGUCGCCGACCCGUCCGCGCCGUUCCAGCCUCCUGCCGCCCUCCUGUUCCACCUCGCCGCCCUCACGACCCUCCCGCCUCCCGCCCUCCCCUCGUCUUCCCCACCCUCGUUCCUCUACUUUCCCUCGUCCCCGACCGCGGCCGCCACCUCGUCGUCGUCGUCGACGGUCGCGGCCCCUCAGCCCGUCCCCGUGUCGCUCUCGCCCGCGACGCGUAACCUGUUCAACGCGCUGCAGCUCGUCGCGUUCCGGUCGGGCAACCCGCUGUCGGUCAACCUCAUGUUCUCGCUCCUCCUCACCGAGCAGCUCGUCGACGGCGUCGAGCGCAAGAGCCUCGCCGACAUCCUCAAGGAGGAGGACGAGCCCAGGCCCGAGGACCUCGUCGAGGCCAUCGGCGGCGAGCAAAACAUGGGCCUCUUGUUGCAGUGGCAGAUGCAGAUGGCCAACCAGAGCCAGGUCAACGAGGAGUCGUAAUGCAGUCGCACGUCUCCCUC